AUGGCCGACCAACAGACUGUCGCCGAAGGGCAAGCUUCCGGUUCCAACAGCCGUAACCGACGAGUGGCCAACUCGGUGCAAGCCAAGGCCCAGGAGGUCCUGCAGGAGGACUACGACAAGGCGAGAGGUCUUGUCGCCGACGCUGCCAAGAGCAAGUCGUACCUGUAUCCCAUCAAAGGCAUCAUCUACUUCGCCACGCACCGAGCGCUAUGGAAGCCUCUGAUGUCGCGCAUCGGGGCCUACAUCCUCCUGUCCGCUGGUGUUGUGACCGGCAUGUUCGUCUUCACCUACGUGCCCCAGCUUGCUAUCCUCGUCUUCGUCAACGGUCCUCUGGCGGUCUUCACCACCGUGCUGUUGAUCCUGAACGAGAGCUCGACAAUCAUCAACUUCGUCUCACGAUCGUACCUUUUGCAAGAGGCGCUUUUGGAUACCUUUGACGGCACCUUGCUUUCGAGGGACGAGGAUGGCAUUGUGAAGGAGGGAAGACAGGUCCGCCCGGGCUCUGACCCGAUGCAGAAGCUGGGAAAGAUUCUCAAGAGCCCGUUCGACAGGUUCAGCCCGAAGGCUCUCAUCCGCUACCUGGUCUACCUGCCCCUAAACUUCAUCCCCAUCGUGGGAACGGGAAUCUUUAUUCUCCUCCAGGCCCGCAGCCGGGGCCACAGUGUCCAUGGACGCUACUUCCAACUGAAGAACUGGUCCGCUUCCAGGAGGGCCGACUGGCUCAAGAGACACACUGGGCCUUACACGGCUUUCGGCCUCAUGGCAACUGCGCUUGAGAUGAUCCCCUUCGUCAGCAUCUUCUUCACAUUCACAAACACGGUUGGUGCUGCUCUGUGGGCUGCCGAUAUCGAGGCCAAGAACACGUCCAUGACCGAUGGCACGGCUCCCACUCUUCGCGAGACGGCCAAGAAUGCCGAGUAG